AUGGCGUUGUGCAAGAUUAUUUCACUAUCCCUCGUUUGCAUUUUAAGCUCAGCCCUUCUCCAAUCCACUCAUGCCCAAGACACACCGCAAGACUACCUCCUUGCCCACAACAACGCUCGAGCGGCAGUUAAUGUCGGGCCGUUGUCAUGGGAUGAUGAUGUAGCAGCCUAUGCACAAGACUAUGCCAAUCAACACAUUGGCGACUGCGUUCUUGUGCACUCUGAUGGACCCUACGGCGAAAACCUUGCUGGGAGCACCGGUGACUUGUCGGGCACGUCUGCCGUGAACCUGUGGGUGGCGGAGGAGGCCGACUACGACUACGACUCUAACUCAUGUGCCGACGGCAAGGUGUGUGGGCAUUAUACGCAGGUCGUUUGGAGCAACUCAGCUCGUCUGGGGUGUGCAAAGGUGACGUGCAACAGUGGAGGUACCUUCAUCGGGUGCAACUAUGAUCCACCAGGCAACGUUGUUGGGCAGAAGCCUUACUAA